UGGUAAGUAAUUUCUGAGAAAAUUGCUAGCUAGCCAGCCGAUUAGCCUAGCUAUUCAGACUGGACAGCUGCUUAUAUUUGGAAGACGCGUUAAUAGCACGUUAAUCGGCUACCUAGUUAUCAGAUGUUUACAUUUUGACAGCAAAAUGGGCCACUAACGUUAGCUAAUAAAUAGUGUGUCCGCUAACUAGCUUGUUUUUCUUUUUUGGUUUAGCCAACUAUGCUAGCUAGCUUUUAAAUGUAGGUCAGGUCUCCAUGGAUUGGAUUAACACAUUGGCAGUGCCUGGGUCGUUUAGCCCAAGCUCUGCGUGGAAGUUCAUCCAACAUUUGGCUGCAGUUAAUACUUACCUAAGCAAUAGCUAGCUGGCGUUAAGAUGGCACUUUAGCCGGACGAUGGACGAGCUGGUCCAUGACCUGGUGUCGGCGCUGGAGGAGAGCUCAGAGCAGGCGGCGCGGGGGGGUUUUGGGGAUGGUGGCGACCACGCGCUGGCUGUGGGCUGCCUGCUGAAGAGACAGGCCCGGAAACGCCGUGGGAGGAAGAGACGCUCUGACAAUCCCCACCCGCCCUGGGAGACUGGCCACCUCAGUGAGGGCUCCGAGUCCAGCCUGGACGAACAUAAGGACUACCGUGCCACCACAGGCAGCGUUGCCAGCAGUAACAGCCACCCCCGUGACAACAGCGACUCUGACGAGCAGCUAGGGCCCAAGCGCCGUACCCCUCUGAACCCUGACACAGGACGUGGCAAGCGCCCCCUCUGGCAGGAGGACCUUGGAGGAGUGGGGAGCGCGGAGGGGUCCCGCAGUUUGAGACGCCGCCGCAAGGUCAAACGCAUGGCCGUCGAUCCCCCUCUGGAGGCAGUGACCUCCAAUAGCACCACCCCCAUGCUAGGUCCCCCGCCUGUCCCCAAGCCCCACGGAGGGUGCAGGAUCCCUGGGGUGAGUGCAGCUGAGGGCAGGGCAGGGAUGGAGCUCACUGGUGGCGGAGUUGGCGGGAAGUGCAGGGUGAAGAAGAGGAAACUGGCAGCCCACAGGCUCGGGUUGGAGGCGACUGAUGAGGGCGUAUUGGUGGAGCGUGGGGACGCCAUUAUGCGGCAGGCGGGGCCCAAGGACAAGAUGGAGUUUGAGGAGCAGAAGGGCUCGGACGAGGACAUGAGUGACAGUGAGACCAGCAGUGUGAGCAACAGUAGUGAUGGUGGACUGUACACCAAUGAUGAGGGGAGGCAAGGUGAUGAUGAGCAGAGUGACUGGUUCUAUGAGGGGGAGCCAGGGGGGGCGUGUGGGGUGGCGGGGGUGAUUCCCUGGUGGGAGAGGGAGGCAGGGGAGGAACUGGACCUGGCUGACCCGGUCUUCAACAGCAUCCUCACCGGAUCCUUCCCCAUCAUGAGCCCCGGAGCACAGAGAGGGUUCCAGGCCAGGCUGAGCCGGCUUCAUGGGGGGCCCCAGGGCCAGGCUUCUCAAGGCAGCCCAGGACAAACCUUCAACGAGCGACUGGGACGACACCACCAGGACUCACACGACCCAUGGUUUAGUCCGGGAUCUAGAAGAGAACAUGGACAGAUGCACUGGGACUCACGGUCAGACAGAGGCCAUCGGAGGAGCUGCUCAGUAAAGACGGCCAGCAGGCAGACGAGUGGUCACCUGGGGUCUCUGUGUACGGGGGAUGUCAAGAGGAGACGCAAAGCAGCACCCCUUGGCUUACCUCCACCCACAGGGUUGGUAGGUGAGAGUGCGGGGCCCAUCCCAGAGACCAACAUGGGCAACCGGAUGCUGCAGAGUAUGGGCUGGAGCCCCGGCAUGGGCCUGGGUCCGGAGGGCAGGGGCAUCACUGAGCCCGUUCGGGCCACACAGAGACCCAAGGGAGCGGGUCUGGGUUUUAAAUGAGCCUCAGGCUUUAGGCCCCAACUGAACAGGCCAGUAGGCCUCGAUGGAGAUGGACCCUACCGAGAGCAGGGAGGACUGUGGUCAACUCUCUCUGGGAAAGAAACUCUGAUGGAGCAGCAGAGCUGGAUGAAGGAACGGAUGCAAGUCGGCAAGAACAGUUUUAACUAAUAGGAAGACCGAAAGGAUCAUCUGAGGUGGGAACCCCAACGCUCCAUGCACUUCCACUCUUAACCAGGGCCGAAACUCAUAAGGGAAGUUUUGACCCUGGUUAGGGGAAGUGCAUGGAGCGUUUGGGUUCACACCUCAGAUUUGUAGUUGGGAUGUCCAAUGUUUCUACCAGGGAAAAGGGAAGGAAUGGAAGAAAAGACCCAGGCGUUGUUGAGUUUGAUUGUACGAGACUAGCCAGGUUGUGUAGUUGGACUGUGUGUACUGCACAGCACACUAAAUGGCUCAAUUUCACAAGAAUAUAAUUUCUCUUCAAUCAACGGUUGUUCUGAUAUUGCACAGUAUGACAAAAUAUAUUUUAGGUGAAUAUCACUGUACGCAUCAAAAUAAUGUGUGUGGUGGAAGUUUAUAUUUGAUUUUAAAUAUGUUUUGCGACACUACAUUGGUGUUAUUCCGGGGUAAUUAUAAUGGAAUAACAUUAUUCCUGUGGCUUAGUACAAAAAGGUGUUAGCAAAGUACUGCAUUAUGUUAAGGGAAUUACAAUUAUACUACUUUCUCUGGUAUAACGCUAAUGUAAUGUAACUGGCAAAUGUUUUUUUAAAUGGGUCUAUAUGGUUCCUUUUGGGAUAUCGGGCAGUGAUAUUUGAUUGUAGAUGACGGUUAUUGGUAAAAAAAAUAAAAUAAGAUGCCGGUUUUUCUGCUCCUGACUGCAUGUGCUCCCAUAGAAACAGAAUGAAUUGGAUGGGCAUCCCAUUUCAAGUCAAUAGUGGCAUAAUGGGUUGACUGGCUAGCACUGCAAGUGUACCCAUCAAUUUGUGGUGCGAUUUGUUUUGAUUCAACUCAACCGAUUACAAAGAAAUACAUUCCAUUAGCCACAUCAGUUAACAUAAAUUCAAUGAAUGUUCUACAUCAGCAUUGAAAUGAUUGAAUACAGUACCAGUCAAAUUGCCAGGGUUCGAGGUUCCCAAACUCUGCUCUGCCCCCCCCCCCCAAACCCCCGGGUGCACAUUUUGGUUUUGCCCAUUAGGUUUUGCCCUAGCACUACACAGCUGUUUCAAACAAACAACUCAUUGUUUUUUUAAAAUUUUAUUUUACGGUUAUGACAUUUAUUUUGUUUUCAUGAUGGUGUUCAUCCAUAACCGGCGGUUAUAUGGUAAUUGUGCCAGCGUAAAGAUGGUAUUCCUGAGGGAAGUGGGAAUAAUUCAGGAAAUGAAUCUUGAAAUAAAAUCAUUGUAUGUAUGGUAUUGAAGUAGAAUGUUCAACCCUGAACACUCCAGAAUAGUGUUUAUUUGAUUAAAAAGGCAGUGCAGUUAACAUGAUUUCCUGUUUUAUGACAUUGAAUUAACACUUGGAAAUUGUGAAAAUGAUCAUAUUGCCCUUUUUGUGUAAGAGCUGUUUGAAAAAUAAUUCCAGGAAUUUCAGCCUGUUCAAGUGGUGUGGAGUUAUUGGACAAGAUCAUGACAUUACAAUCUGAUCUGAUUAUUCUGACCAAUGACCAGUCAUCUUUUAUUUGCGUGCCUAUCCUACUUUGAAGGGAUUAGCGGGGUAGGCUCUGGCCAAGACGAUCCUAUCCACCAAUCAGGGCUGUUGUGCGAUCAGACUGAGCAUUUCAAUGGCAAAAGGAGGUGUAGUUAUUUUGCAUUAAAUAAAUACACAGUGUUUUAUUAGACAUACAGCGAUAAUUUAAAAGUAACGUUAAAAAGACUGCAUGGGGGGCUUUAAAAAGAAGCCAAGCAAAAUUCUGUUUCCCAAUCAUGCUGUACUUGCUAUGUAUGUGUAGCAACCAUCUCAUGGCAAUGUCUUUACAAUAACAAUUCCCAGAGUGUACAGUAGACCGUAACAUGUUUUAUAAAGUGAAAAAAUGAUAUUGGUUACACUUUACAGUCUUCUAUUUACCUGGUAAAUAACAACUGAAAUAGGUUUGUAAAAAAAAGUGUUACCGUUGCCAAUGUAAUGUUCAUUAAACUUGAGGGCCUGAGUGAAACAA